CAGGGUUGCUCGCCGGAACUCGUUGGCGGAGCGAUUCGCUUGGCGCGGCGAGGCGGCCGAGCAACGGUCGCCGCCUGCCGUUGGUGGGGGGGGGAGGAGCGCCAGGGCGCAUGCGCGAGAGAGGCGGCAGCGGCUCCUCGACCCGAGGCGGAGGGAGACGGACGGGAAUCCCAAAGCUGAGAGGACGCGGCGCUGCUCCCUCGCCCGGUCACCAUGGCUGACCAACUGACCGAGGAGCAGAUCGCAGAGUUCAAGGAAGCCUUCUCCCUCUUCGACAAAGACGGCGAUGGCACCAUCACCACCAAGGAGCUGGGCACCGUGAUGCGCUCCCUGGGUCAGAACCCCACCGAGGCAGAGUUGCAAGACAUGAUCAACGAAGUGGAUGCGGAUGGCAACGGCACAAUCGAUUUCCCAGAAUUCCUCACCAUGAUGGCCCGGAAAAUGAAAGACACCGACAGUGAAGAAGAGAUCCGUGAGGCCUUCCGAGUUUUUGACAAGGAUGGCAACGGGUACAUCAGCGCCGCCGAGCUGCGCCACGUGAUGACCAACCUGGGCGAGAAGCUGACGGACGAGGAGGUGGAUGAAAUGAUCCGAGAAGCCGACAUAGAUGGGGAUGGGCAAGUCAAUUACGAAGAGUUUGUACAGAUGAUGACCGCCAAAUAAGACAAGCCGCUGCCUCUUCCCCCCCCUCCCCUCGGCCGCCUCCCUCACCUGUUCAGGAUGGAAGGAUGGCCUGCUUCCUGGCUGGGACCUUCUCCAGCCCCACCUGUCUUUUGUCUGUGUACCACUCAUGCCCCAUUGGCGCUUUUAGCAGUUUGUGGCUGUACCCUGCUCUGCCUCCCUUUGCCCGCCCUCCUCGUGCCCUGGGGUGGGCGUGGUGGCGGCCAGGGGGCACGGUGCCUCGAAGCCCUUGCGGAAAGCGAUGGGGCCGGAAUACGGGACGCCUUUGGACAAGAGGUGGGUAGGAAGGUGAGGCCUCUCCCCCUGGUUCAACCCCUGCCUUGCAACCCAAAAUCUCUCUACCACCUCCUGCACAUUCAUGGACUGUUGUCGUAUGCAAUUGCAUACUUCCGCCAUCGAUCCUUUGUCUUCCUAGGACGAUCUGCAUUAUCUUGGAUAUAUUGUAAUUGUUAAACCUAAUCAAUACCAUCCUCUCCACCACCACCCUCAUCCCACCCCACCCCUCUCCAGACCCUCUCCAUAGCUUCAGGGAAUGCUUCUCUUCCAUUCCAGUUGAUGUAAAGUUUUCUUUUUAUUAUUAUUUUUCCUUUGUUUUUAUUUUCUUCUUCUUCUUCUUUGAAAUAAACUUUGUGUUUCAAACUGG